UCCAGGGUAUCAGGCCCGUGAACCGGAAAUGACGUUCUUCUCUUUCCUCCCUGAGCAUUGACGUGAUAAAUAAGCUAAUACGUUAGCAAUGUCGGGUAUGGAGGAUAUUUCCAACGAUUUUGGAACAUUUAAAGAAGAUGGUGAGUUUAAUGUAUUGGCGGGAGACCAUGUCGACGAUGGCUAUGUCUUGGACCCGACUCGGUACAUGUUUUACAGAGACAGAAAGGAGUGGGCUGACCUGGAGCCUGUUCCUCAGGAUGAUGGACCAAACCCUGUUGUCAAGAUUGCUUAUUCAGAAAAGUUCUCUGAUGUUUUUGAUUAUUUCCGUGCUCUCCUGAAGAAUGAUGAAAAGAGCGAAAGAGCUUUCGCCUUGACGGCAGACGCCAUUGAGUUGAAUGCAGCGAAUUACACAGUGUGGCACUACAGGCGGGUAUUGCUACAAGCUCUGGCGAAGGAUUUGAGGGAGGAAAUGAGGUACAUUACAGCCAUCAUUGAGGAUCAACCGAAAAACUACCAAGUCUGGCAUCACAGGCGUAUCGUGGUAGAGUGGUUGAACGACCCCUCAGAGGAGCUGGAGUUCAUUGCGGACAUCCUCAGCCAAGACGCCAAGAACUACCAUGCCUGGCAACACAGGCAGUGGGUCAUCCAGGAGUACAAACUAUGGGACACGGAGCUGGAGUUUGUAGAGAAUCUCUUGGAGGAAGAUGUGAGGAAUAAUUCUGCCUGGAACCAGAGGCAUUUUGUCAUCUCGCUCACGACAGGCUUCUCCGAUCAGGCCGUGCUGGAGAGAGAGAUUGAGUACUGUUUGACCCAGAUCAGAAAGGCCCCCCACAAUGAAAGUGCAUGGAAUUACUUAAAAGGGAUGCUCCAAGACAGAGGUCUGUCGUCCCAGCCCGGCCUGAUGGAAAAAGUCCUGGAACUGAAGGAGACGCGUUGUUCCUCUUACCUUCUAGCCUUUCUCUUUGAUUGCUAUGAAGAUGCUUUGGAGAGCAGCCGCGAAAAGGAGAAUGCGGAGGAAGAACGCACAGAGGCCUUAAAGCAAGCUCUAGAAGUGUGUCAACUUCUAGCCCAGGAGAAGGAUAACAUCCGUAAGGAGUAUUGGCUGUUUUUGGGACGUUCUCUAAAGAGCAAAUAUGGAUUGAGCGGACCUCUAACAUCUGAUGCCGAAACUUCAUCUCCGACGGCUGAGCGGCAGGAAAUGAACUAGACAAGCCAUGCCCACUCCACUACCACAAAACCUGCUUGCUGAACUUGUUAUCACCGUCAACUGCAGUUUUGCGUCUUGUAUAAUAAGAUUCCCACUACAAAGGCUCACAUAGGGAAGGAAAUGACAGCUUAUCUAUACUAUGGCUGUCGAAAACAUAACUUGCUGUAUGAAUAGGUACAAAUCACACACAUUGGGACAAGCUGUUAUGAUGGCAGACAGGCACAGUGGAGCGUCCCCACAGUCACAAGAGUCUGACGCUCUUUUUAUAACUUUCUUCUGACCUCAACGCAUCAACAGCAGUGCAGUUCCAACACCAUGUACAGUAUGCAUCUCCUAAAUGUCAUAACAUUUUUAUUAUGUGUGGUCUAUAUGUGCUCAGAAAUCCUAGACUAGAUGCGCUUAAUUUAAAUGUUAGUUCAGUUCAUAUAUGGUACAUAUAUGUCAAGCAGGAUGGAAAUAAUUUCUGUUUCAUGUCCUACGUUUAUGUAUGUAGUUGAUCACUCUGCUCUCCUUAAAUGAUAGACUUUUAGUUGGUCGAUAUUGCUCACAUGUCAUCAUGUUACAUUGCAAUGCAAGCAACAGGACGUCUUCACUAAAAGCACUCUCAAGUAGCUUAUUUGCGUUUUAAAGCGACUUUGAAACUGAGUCACUAUUAAAUCUUUCAAUAUCACUCUGUGUUUUCAUGUUUAAUAGUGUGGAGGGGGGAUGUAUCCCAUUCACAAUAAGUGGGUAAUAAUUUACACAUACACUAUGUGGGGGGGGGAUACCACCAGUGAACAAUGCUAAUUGAAGAGAGAAGGGGAGCAUCGACAUCCAAAUAGAUGUUUAUGCGGGUACAUCAAUUACUCUUGUUUUUUUGGACGUACAUUACAUCUCAUUUUAUUGUUCUACCUCAGUGAUGCCCAAAGUAUGGGCUGUGGUGAUACUGCAGGCGGGCAAUGAGAGGUCAUUAAA